UGGGCGUUCGCUUGACGUCCGUCCCUCGGCCGCAGUGGCAACGGCGCCGCCCUUCUCCCGCAACUCGACGCCGACCCAUCCCCAUCCCCCGCCGCCGGCUCUUUCCCAUCCCCAUCCCCAACUAGUGAGCGUGAACCCGAUGUGAGGCGCGCGAAAUCCCUCCGCCAUGGAGCAUAGUGACGGCGAGACCGCCGCCAAGCGAGCCAAGCUCUCCGCCAGCGGCAGCGAGGACCUCCUCAGCGCGCUAUCCGACGACGUUCUCAUUCACAUCCUUCUCAAGCUCCGCAACACCGCCGUCGCCGCUCGGACCAGCGUCCUCUCCAGCCGCUGGCGCCGCCUCUGGGCCCUCCUCCCGGGCCUGGACUUUCUCCCCGACAUCAACCCAUACAGCGUACCCGCCGUCCUCGCCGCCCAUCAAGCGCCGGCCCUCCGCUCUCUCCGCAUCCUCGCCACGGACGCCUCUGCCGACUUCAUGGCCGCGUGGCUCCCCAUCGCCGCCCGCCGCCUCUCCGGCGAUCUAUUCUUCAUCAACACCGUGUCGCCGGACGACGAGGCCGGGGACAGAGGCGCCUUUGAACUGCCAUGCUUCGAGAACGCCACCUCGAUCACGCUCCACUUAGGGUUUCUUGGCAUUGCAGUGCCAGCCUCCGCCAUAUCCUCUCGGCUCACCGAUCUUCGCCUGAAUAGCUUCCAGGUACAGGGUCCGUGCUUGCUCGGUGACGUUGUAUCCUCGGCGUGGUCCCCAUGCUUGCAAAGGCUCACCAUCAACGAUGCCCGAGGCAUCGACAAAUUCACCAUCCGCUCAGAGUCUCUCCUGCAAUUGAAGCUCAAGGAUCUAGAUGGCCUGCAGCAGCUCACUGUCGUGGCGCCGAAGCUCAAAGAGCUAAGUGUGAUCCUUUUGCUUUGCUCCGAAUCAACCUAUUGCUAGCAUCUCAGCUCCUGAGCUGGUGUCGCUCCACUGGAAUGAUGCCUAUGAUCCAUGCUCUGUCCAACUUGGCGAGAUGGCACAUCUACAAUGUCUGCACGUUGGCAUUUUUCUCGUAUAUGGACCACUUGAUUUUACACCCAAUCGCGAUUGCCUGAGGAUCUUGGGGGACUUCAAGGUCAUGCACAGUCUAACCCUCCUACUGCUCUAUAAUCCGGAUAUAGGUAACUAUCGAUACUUGAUGCAUGACAUGACAAGGCUCCCUGACGUCACAUGCUUGUCCCUGACUGUGAUGUCAAACGGACAUUGCUUUGGUGCCAGCUCAUUCCACAUUCUCGGACUGUGUACUGGUGUAAGAAAGUUGGCACUUAACUACUUUUGAGGCGCAGACUCCAUGCCCAUCGAGUUGCAUUUGUGAUCAGCCAACACACUGGAAAAGUGAGAAACUUGUGCUCGAUCGCCUCCAAGAAGUAGAAAUUAGUGAACUAUCAGGAACUGAACAUGAACGUAAUUUUGUGCAACGGCCUUAAAAAAGAUGACAGUAUCUUUUCAUCACUCAAUUACGGAAAGCAAGGCCAAGGGGUUGUGCCAGAUGUUACGAAGCUUCUCCACAUCGGAACUAUAUAUGGAAUUUUAUGUGCACCGCUGUUUGGUGGGGAAAGUUCUGUAUGUUCCUGAAGAUUAACACACUGAUUUGCCAAUUCUCACAAGCUUCUGGUUUGCUUGGUCCUAAUGUUGGCAUGCUGACGAAUUCAUGUUGCCAGAAUGUCAAUGCUGUUGGGAUUGUCUUUCUGGGAUGUGUGUUUAUCUUUGUAAUCUGUAUGCAACUAUGGAUGCUAAUUAAUUUGCUAGGAUAUCAGCAGCUUACCCUGACUUCUAUUCUAUCGAUGCUGAGAGCAUUUGUUAAGUGGGGUGCUCUGCUAUUUAGUAGUCUCAUGGUGAUUUCUGCUAUGAAUUUCUGUUAUUGUAUUGGUACCCGGGACUGGAAGGUCACCCUUUUGAUAUCUUUUGCUGGAAUUUGUGUAAAGGUAUGGUUCUUUCAUGAAUUAUGAGACUGAAAUUAAGUAACUUGGUCUCAUAUAUGGAUUCAUGUCAUGAAGCUACAUGUCCAAUGGUCUUUCAUGUUGGGUGAAUUACGAUAAGCUGUUUAGAUGGGAGAUUAAUAUCCAGAGCAUUAACUGCUAAUGAAAGCUGGUGGUAUUUAUCAUGUGACGUGCACUUAUGAUCUACUGCAGAGGGCAAGUGUUCCAAACAAGGUUGCCAGAACAGGACUCCUAGCCUGAGGUACGGUGGUUUCACACUUGAAGACUCCAGUGGACAGUAGUAAAAUAAAUAUGGAAGCUGAAGAUAUCAGUAAAAGAAAGACCGUUAUGUGGUAUCUUCGCCGAGGAAGUUGUGCUGACAAAGGACAAUCUUGCUCGCUGCAACUGCCAAGGAAGCAAAAGAAGCAUUGUUUUUGUGCCCAUGGCAAGACAAUUAAACAACUCUUCUUUCAGUGCAAGUUUGCGCAUUCUAUAUAGUCAGUCAUCUAAAAUAAUGUUCAAUUUGUAUCUGUCAACAAGUUUUGCCAAUUUGUAUGGUCAUUGUUCGAUGACAUACCUAACAAGUUUUAUAUGCUAACAAGGGUGGAUGCAUCUGCCUUACUAUGGGCGCUUAGACUAUGUAGAAAUGAUAUGAUUUUCAAUGUAAAAGUUCAUCUCCGUUAUCUA